AGGGAGGCUGGCUACUUUAGAGGCUACCAUCAUUUUCCUGGACCUGCCUGUUGAGCUUUGAACUUGAACUUUUUUACUAUCCUCCUCUGUGGUCCUCUGCACAAAAAGAGAACUCCUUUUAGUUUGAUUGGUAUAUAUUUUGUACCUAUAGCGCCACACCUGUUGGAUCAAAUUUUAUAAGCCUGUCUAUCUACUGUUUGCUUCUGCUACUCAGAAAAAGAAGAAACUUCACACACUUCACAUCACUAUUUAAACCUAGGGAGUGUGAUUGGUCCCAAUGGCGCUGAACGUGCCUGGUUUGGUGGUGAUGGCCGUCUUCUACCUGGUCAUCCUGGGGACGGGCAUCUGGGCCUCAAUGAGGUCCCGAAAGAUGGAGAAAAAGUGUACUGGAGAUGGCAUGGAGAUCACCCUCUUAGCUGGACGCAACAUUAAUUUGCUGGUCGGGAUCUUUACUCUGACGGCGACAUGGGUGGGUGGAGGCUUCAUUCUUGGUAUCGCAGAAGCCACUUACAACCCAACGCUCGGAGCUGUCUGGGCUUUGAUGCCUGUGCCCUACGUUCUGACCUUCUUCCUUGGUGGCUUUUUCUUUGCAAAGCCCAUGAGAGAGAACAAGUAUGUGACAAUGAUGGACCCCUUCCAGAAGAAGUAUGGGAACUUCCUGAGCAGUGCCCUGAUCUUCCCUGCUCUGGUGGCCGACGUCCUAUGGGUGGCACGCACUCUCGUCAGCCUGGGUGGUACCAUGGCUGUGAUCCUGGACCUGCCCUAUGUCUACUCCAUCAUCAUCUCAUCUGUUGUGGCCAUCAUCUAUACUCUGCUGGGGGGCCUCUACUCAGUGGCCUACACAGACGUGAUCCAGCUCAUCCUGAUCUUCGUCAGUCUGUGGGUGUGUGUGCCUUUCCUCAUGACCAACCCUCACUCUGUGGACAUCUCCCUCACGGCGUACAAUGCCACCUUCCAGGCCCCGUGGGUCGGUACCGUGGAGCUGAACGAGGCUGGAAAGUGGUUUGAUGACUUCAUGCUGCUGGCUUUGGGAGGUCUGGCGUACCAGGCAUUUUACCAGAGGAUCCUGUCUGCCUCCUCCUACACUCAGGCCCAGGUGACCUGCUUCGCCUCCUCCGCCUUCUGUUUAGUGCUGGGCAUCCCCUCUGUGCUGGUGGGAGCAGUGGCUGCAUCUACAGACUGGAACUCCACUGCGUAUGGUCUGCCCACUCCGUAUGAGCGUGACCAGGCUGGCUCCAUCCUGCCCAUCGCCCUGCAGUUUCUCACCCCAACUUAUGUAUCUGUCAUUGGGAUCGGGGCUGUGGCGGCUGCAGUCAUGUCCUCCAUGGACUCAGCGCUGCUCUCCUCUGCUUCUCUGUUUUCCUCGAACAUUUAUAAGAACAUCAUCAGGAAACAGGCAUCUGACCGGGAGAUGCAGUGGGUGAUCCGGAUCUCGGUGGUGGCAGUGGGUGUGGCUGGGACGGCCCUCACCUUCCUGGACAGUAGUGUCCUGGUCUUCUGGCUAGUGGGUGUGGACAUGUCCUACACCAUCAUGUUUCCUCAGUUAGUCUGCGUCCUCUUUUUUAAAGUCUCCAAUGGCUAUGGUGCCACUGUGGGUUACAUCAUGGGCAUCGGCCUGAGGAUCAUGAGUGGGGAGCCCCUCAUUGGCCUGCCUCCUGCCAUUCAGUUCCCAGGCUGCCGGCUUGAUGAAGAGGGGAAGAUGACGCAGUUCUUCCCUUUCCGCACCACCAUCAUGCUCAUCUCUCUGGCAUCCAUUUUGCUCUUCUCGUGGAUAACUUCCAUCAUUUUCCACAAGGGCCUUCUAUCUGACAAAUGGGAUGUGUUUAAGAUCAAGCGGAAGCAGAAACCAGAGGCUACACAAAUGAGCAGUGACUUAAAAGAGGGAGUUGAGGCCUCCCAGGAGCUCCUGAGCAAAAGGAGCUAAAAACACAAUAAAAUGCAUUUUUAAUCAGCAAGAUUUCUGUGAGCCUUCUCGUUCUCCUCUUCAGCCAAGUGUAGACAACAAUAAAAUAUACACUUUGAGGAUACACAGGUGGUUCUUGUCUCAAACCAUUCAUGUUCUCUUCCAUCCAGAUCCUGCAAUUUAUCUUUAGCUCUUUAGAUUAAAUAAAUGUGUUUAUUUUUAAGUUUGGUAGUAAUGCUACACAGUAUACCCCUCACUCCAUGUUGCAGACUCCUCCAUGUUGGCACUUAAAUUAGACUUAGGCACAGGUGUCCUCAGAAAUGGUUGGCUGUUAUGUAAUUCUGUGUUUUGUAGAAAACUGUAAAAGAUGCUAACAUGUGGUGCAGUAAUGGUUUACUAUGGUGUCUUUAGCUUCUUUCUCUCUUGCGACCAGCUGCUUUUGCACUAAGUACAACAGUGAACAAAGACCAUAUCAGUGCUCAGGCUGCACUGUUGGUGGUGGAUAAAAUAUUAUUAGUUGAUUUCAAUGUGAUCUCAACCUCAUAGCUGACUACGCAGAAGAAAUACUCCUCAGCUUUGGUUAUAUACCUUCUUUUGCACAUAUGAAUGAUGAUUUAUAUUUUUUGUUAUUGGAUUAUUACAGACCUUUUUCUCUCUCUUGUUUUGGAAUCAUAAAAGUGUGAAUUAUUUUCGGUGUGGUUUCUCAGUACUCACUCACAGUCCACUUUGUUUGGUCUGUUCUGUGUUCAGUUUUAGUGCAGUGUUGGUUACUCAACAAAAGGACAGAAAUAAUAGUAACUCUAUUUGGGUUUUAACUCUAACUACAGCUCCACUAAUUUUAAUGUAUAGGGCGAUCCUAUGCUCCUAUAUUGUUUUACUUUGUUCAACUUUCUUUAACCAUAAGCUACAAAAAUGUUUACAAUGUGACCAUUUCACCCUCAGAGAUAUUUAUAGUCUUUUAUAGACAUACAGUUUCAGAUGCAGUGAUAUAGUGUCUAGAGUUUUAGAAUGAAUGGUAAUCCUUUAAAAUGUAAGUGUGUGAGUGUAUUGUACUGUAGUGUUGAUUAAUCAUAGUCAGUCACUACUGAAAUACCUUGCACAGUGUUGAUGCCCUAGUAACACCCUGACUACCGCUAAACCAAAGCAAUAAUGCAAUGCACACCUGAAAACAUCGAACAAAGGGUGUUUCAAAACAGGGCACAUGUAAAACAUUACUCCUCUCCUUUGUACGUGUGUAUGAGAUUUUUACAUGUAUUAUACUCUUGUACAGACAAAUAUAUAUAUAUAUAUAUAUAUAUAUAUAUAUAUAUAUACACACACUUUGUAUUUUUUUAAUCAAAAGACAUACAUUGUGAGAAAAAAAAAUGUUUCAGCUAAUGAUAAUUAUAAGAUAAAUUCAACUAAUCUUUUGCAGAAUGUGGCAUUGAUAUGUAAUACUACAACUGCCAAGUCUGGCCUUGAAAAUACUGAAUAGAUCUGGAGUGAACUGUAUUUUCCAGUCUCUCCAGUCUCUUUAUAAGUACAGAACAAUGGUGAUACUGCACUCAAGUAAUUAAGGCUGCAUUUUCCUAUCUCAAACUUUUUAUACCUAUUUUGCUUUAAUAAUUUUAUGCAUGGUGAUUGGUCACUAAUGUUUUAUUACUUAACAUCUGUAAAGGCUGUUCUGAUGUAAAUGUCCACAUGUAAAUCCUUAUAGGGUGAUAUUCUGUCAGAAUAAAGGUUGAAACCAA